GAGAGAGAGAGAGAGAGAGAGAGAGAGAGAGAGAGAGAGAGAGAGAGAGAGAGAGAGAGAGAGAGAGAGAGAGAGAGAUGGCAGCCAGCAGCAUGAGCAGGGACGAGAGGUGGAGCCUGGCCGGCGCGACGGCGCUCGUCACCGGCGGUAGCAAAGGGAUCGGCCACGCGAUCGUGGAGGAGCUGGCGGGGCACGGGGCGAGGGUGCACACGUGCGCCCGGAGCGCGGCGGAGCUGGAGGAGUGCCGCCGCCGGUGGGAGGCCAAGGGGCUCCCGGUCACCGUCUCCGUCUGCGACGUCUCCCUGCGCGCCCACAGGCUGCAGCUCCUGGAGACGGCCAAGCAGGUCUUCGACGGCAAGCUCGACAUACUGGUGAACAACGCGGCGCAGAUUCUUGCUAAGGCCAGCGUGGAGUGGACAUCGGAGGAGUACUCACAUCUGAUGGCGACCAACCAAGAGUCGUACUUCCACCUCAGCCAGCUCGCGCACCCCUUCCUCCUCAAUGCCACCAUAGCCGGAGGAGGUAGCAUCGUCAACAUAUCCUCCCAUGCCGGCUCACUCGGCUUCCCUGGCCUCGCGCUCUACAGUAUGGCAAAAGGAGGAAUCAACCAGCUUACAAGGAGCCUUGCUACAGAGUGGGCCCAGAACAAGAUCCGCGUGAACUGUGUCGCCCCUAGCGCGACUAAGACCGACAUGUUAAACAGUCUAGGACCGGAGAUCAUAGAAAACGAGUUGGCCAGGACUCCGAUGCGGCGAGCAGGCGAGCCAGCCGAGGUGGCGACUGUGGUGUCAUUUCUCUGCAUGCCGGCGGCGUCCUUCGUCACCGGCCAAGUCAUCACCGUCGAUGGUGGUCGGACCAUUAGUGGUUAGUCAAUUAAGAGUACCUUGCGAAUAAACUCUCUGUGUGUUGAUCACAAAGAGCGACAAAAUCCAACAGUCGAAAGACAUUUCGUUGUACGUAGGCAGGUCGAAAAGCAUGUGUGGCAGCAUGAGGAAACUUUUGUAUUGAAGUGAAAGAAAAGCAAUCCGUAUUAAAACUGCUACAUGGGUGUUAGUUAGUUGUCACUUAGGUGUCAAUGCAAAAUCAUCUAAGGAGGAAUGUUUAGGAUUCAUUGCCCGGAGGAUGGUGAUGAAAUUCUUGAGGCUAAUGAUGAUUUGGGCAUGGUGGCUCUUUUGCUUGCGGAGAUGGAUGAGGGCAACAACUGAAAGCACACAUGUUCUCAACCGGGGUGUGUUAUGAUUCUUCGAAACAUGUUUGAACCAUCGCAUGCGUGAUUACUUUGCAGAGUCCGUGUAUCCCGAGCAUCUUUCCAGGAGACGAUCCGGGGCAAAGAAAUCGUAGUUAAAAUGAGGUCCAUAUGAGAGAUGAGCACCC